AAAUCAAAUUAAUUGAGACAACUUGGCAAUGCGCCACAGCCAAUUUUGUUUAAAUUGUCUUGAAUAAAGUCUUUGAGGUUCUAGUCGAUCACCCUAUGCUACCAAUUUUUAAGUUUGUCUAUAUCUUAUUCUACUUGUUUGUUCAUACUUUCAACAGAAAACUAUAUCGAAACUGUGUAUUUCUUCGAGCAAUAGUGCCACAUGGACACUAAGGGACAGCAGUCAUCAGAACAAUGGCUGGAGGAAUAUCAUCGCGAUGGCUAUGCAGUCCUGCCAGACUUCCUGAAUGCCGGAGAGGUGACGGAGCUGCGACGCGCUUGUGACAGGAUUGUGGAUGAGCUCAACUUUGAUGAACACCCGGCCACAGUGUUCUCCACUGCUGACCAUUCCGAGACCCGUGAUAGUUACUUCCUGGAGAGCGGGGACAAGGUGCGCUACUUCUUUGAAGAGGACGCGCUAGACGAGCAACGCCAGCUCAAGGUACCAGCGAAAAUUGUUACGAUAACGCCACACCAGGACAGCACGUUCUUGGCCACGGAGCCGCUGAGCUGCGUGGGGCUGUGGUUUGCGCUCGAGGACGCAACCCUCGAGAACGGAUGUCUGUGGUUCAGUCCAGGCUCCCAACACCAGCCCACGACGCGCAGGUUCAUUCGCUCAAAAGAGCCAGAUGGUCGCUUGACAACCCGACUCAUAGGAUCACCGGCUGAGGACGAUCCAUCAACUUAUGUAGCAGUUCCUGUCAGAAAAGGAUCACUGGUCAUAAUUCACGGCAGUGUUAAUCACAAGAGUGCAAUGAAUACUUCAGCGAAGUCUCGGCAUGUUUACACGUUCCACGUCAUAGAACAACACAACACGCGCUGGGAUCCGUACAACUGGCUCCAGCCCACAGAAAACAUGCCGUUCACGAAUCUCUACACCAACUGAGUUAAUUGCGGUGUGUCAAAUUAUAAACACUAAUUUUCAAAAUAAAUUAGCUUUCCUUCAUAAAUUGACAACGAUGCGAUAUGUUUUUGCCACAAUAUUGAGCAUCUGUGGGCAACAUCCUUCUGCAGACGUACCAUCAUCGCUAACUGCCCUCAAUGCUACAUAUUCAGUGGAAUUAAAUUGUAUAGCAUGAUAACCGCUGAGGCCGCAUCAUAUUUCUGAAGUAAAUAAAUUUCUUAAGGUACUUUUUCAA